GUAAGGGGUCGCACAUGUGGUGUGAGUGCUGUGGGAGCCGAGCUCGCUGCCGCAUAUACAUCCAGCGGUAUUGGAACGUGAUUACCGGCCCAGUGUCCAUCAAAAGCAGCAUAACCAGCAGACAUGACCACCUUAGCCCACCAGCUGAAGCGCCUUGCGCUGCCACAGAAUGAUUCAAGUCUUUUCCAACGGGUCGAAGCCGCAUCUCUUCUGUAUGACCGCAAAGAAGCUGCUAACAUUGACAGGGAAACGUUUUAUGCAUUGGGAUGCACCGGCCUUGAGGAGCUUAUAGGUAUCGACCCUGCCUUCGACGCUUUUGAAGAAACUCUUUUUAGUCACGCCUCAAAGAGCUUGGAGCGUAGUGUCCAGACUAAAGCCGUGAACCAAAAGCUGGAUGAAAGCAUUUCCCUCUUUCUCAUACACCUGUCACCUUACUUCAUGCUCAAACCAGCCCACAAGUGUCUGGAGUGGCUAAUUCACAGGUUCCACAUUCACCUUUACAAUCAGGAUAGCCUGAUAGGCUGUGUUCUGCCGUAUCACGAGACCAAAGUGUUUGUCCGUGUCAUUCAGCUGUUACGUAUAUCAGAUCCAACUCACAAAUGGAACUGGCUGCAUCCAAUCCAGGCUCCAGGUGUCCCUCUUGCCAGAGGCACCCUCAUUACACAUUGCUACAAGGACAUGGACUUCAUGGAAUUCAUCUGCAAGCUGGUGACCAAAUCCAUUAAGGUGUUCUCUGAACCUGCAGGGAGUGCAGCCAAACUGAGAGUUCUGCUGUCGUUUUAUGUCUCUACGAUAGUGGCAGCUUUGGACUCCUCAGAGCGUGUCUCGGACACACUAGUAGCUAAACUUCUUCCUUAUGUGCAAAAGGGUUUAAAGUCCCCCUUGGAAGGUUACCAAGCUGCCACUUACAUGAUAAUCUGCCAGUUGUCGGUGAAGACAGUGAUGGCUCCGACGCUGGUCAAAGCCCUUGGAUCCCAAGUCAGCAAGAGCCUUGUUAAAACAUCAAUGGUCCGAGAAGGGCUGAGCUGUCUGAUUAUUCUUCUGCAAAACCAACAGUCCAAGGACCUGGGCAAAAAGCCGUUUUUUAAUCUUUGCAAAGUUCCCGAUUUAAUCACGCUCCUUCAAGCAAUUGCAUUCUCCUUCGAUACAACCCCUCUGUUAGAAUACCUAAUGCCUAACCUAGCAUCGGGCCUUUUUCCCACCACUGCCUUAGCAGAAAGCUCGGAAGAGGUCAGUCCUGACACUUGUAAAGACAUUCUUCAAGCGAUGCUCCGUGGAAUACUACUUGAAAACAAUAUAGACAAGCUGUUGGCUCGCACUUUACUGGAUGAAUUCCUCUCCUAUGGAGAGAUGCACCAAUCUGAACCAGACAGAAUAUCUGAACUGGGAGGGUUUCUCCUCCCUCUCAUCAGGCUCUUAGAGAGCAGAUAUCCUGAUGCUCUUGACUCUGCUCUGGCAAACCGUCUGAAAGAUGUCUCGGAUAAGGAGAAGCAAGACCUGUUUCACAGCUUUAUAUCACUCUCCACCAGUGGUGGUAAAUAUGAGCUUCUGGCAGACUGCGACACCUCACUUCUGCUCAGUCUGAAUCACCCACAGGCCGGAGUGAGACAGUUGGCUCUUCAGCACUUGAAGGAUAUUAUCGAGACAUCCAGGGCAGGGUUUGAUGAAUCCUUUAUACAGGAAGCAAUUUUAGCCCGUCUUGCGGAUGAUAACCUGGAAGUGGUCAUGUCUGCUUUGAGUGCCUUCAAGUUGUAUCACACCCAUCUCAGCACUGAAGUUGCAGUUUCAAGUCUUCUUAACCUCUUUGAAAGAGUUGAUCUUGCGCAAGAUGAGGAUUGGUACAAGGCUCUCGAGGAAGCAACAGUUCUGCUUGUCCAGCAGACGUCCAUUAAAGAUAAUGAGGCUAUCUGCAACAGAGUGAUCCUGACAUUGAUUCCAUACAUGGUCUUCACAAACAGUGACCCUGACUCCUCUGAACAGAAAUUGGCUCUGUACCUGGCAAAAAGUGGGGUCUGUGACCUGCAUCCAUUAAUGAAUGGUUGGCCUGAAGCUCUUGAGGAAGUGUUAAAAAAUGCUAAGCCUGCACAAAUACUUGGCCUGGCAAACAGCAGUAUGGUUCAUCUCCUGUCGAAGAAUAUGUCUGCUGCAGACUCCCCUACCUCUCUGCAGAUGGUGGACGAUAUGAUACAGGCUCUUGAAAAGGAUUCAGAUAAGGUGAGGCAGAAGGUAUCAUUUCACGUCUUGUCGCAUGCACUUGUGCAAGGAUGUUGUAGCCUCCGAGAACACCGGGCCGUAGUCAGCGUUUUCCAGCUACUAGACAAGAGACUAAGAAAGAUGGAUUUACCAACAGGGGAAGCCCGUGACAAAUGGCAUCUGGAUGAUUUGAGUGGGAAAGAGCUGCAAAUCCAGCUACUAACAGAGUACAUAAAGACACUGAAUGCUGUACAGUCUGCUGACAUGGAAGAAGCUGUUUUACUUAUGCUGCUGUUGAGAAAUUUUAUAAGCAAUCUCCGCCGCCCGGAAUCAUUUCCAAAAGAUAGCAUGUGGUGGAAUCCAGAGACCAUGGACAACCUGAGCAGAGUGUACCUGCAGCUUCUCAUUGGCUUGUUUGAAGUGAUAAUUUGGGGUGCCAGUGAGGGACCAUACUCUGCCAACUUCAAAGCUCUUAUGGGAUCCCUAUUUCUGGAACACCUAAAAGAUCACAUGGAACUGUUCCGUUUCCUCUCGGUGCUGUGGACCUAUAGCUGCAAUCUGUCCAAACCAUUAGAUUGUACAGUGAAUGCGCUGCUGCAGACCCGAGCUCUGUACAUUGGCCACACUUUGCUAGCAUCACAGGCAGAGAUCAAGAAGAGACUGGCUUCUCCCACCUCCCCUGUGGUCGUGUCUUUGCUGAUUAACUUGACUUGCCCGGUCCGAGAAGUGCGCAGAGCAGCCAUAACUUGCUUGCAAGAUCUCUCUACGGUGACGGAUUCACCGUUCCUCCCUGUAUUACAAGGCGUGGUAGAAAAAACCGAAGAGAUAGUUGCAGACUCAACCUUUGUUAUUCUGACGUUGGGGAGCUUGUUUGAGGAGCUGCAGCCCCUUGGCUCUCAGAAGUCGACACAGAAGAUUUCCAAUGCAAUGGAGCAUCUAUUGAGCCCCCUGGAGUUGCCCAGCUGCCCAUCUUAUGUCAAGAAAUCCUUGAUGAAAGUUCUCCGAGAUGCUAACGGCGAGGCUCUUCUCGCUCACCUGUUGCCAGUGUUAAAGGCCUUGCUUGAGAAGGUCACGUCCUCUCCUAGUGAGGUACUAAGAGAUGAAGCUCUCCUGCUGCACUACCUCCUGGGCAAGUUUAAUGAACAUUCUGCCAGCCUGUUGGCCAAGAACCCUGAAAGCCUGCAAAUGUUCAUACAAGCAUUGCAAACUACCCAGAUCACCCACCCAGGAAUGCCCUCUUUCCAGGUUACUGCGCUCGGACAGAUCACCAAGGCUUUCUUUGCUGCGCUAGAAGAUGGGAAUGUUCAGCAGAAGAUAUUGGGUGUAUUGUUUGAUCUGCUUUUAAACUCCAAAAAUGUAACCUGUGCCCAGGCUGUCAGCAGUGCGUUCAAAUCUAUCUCAGUGAGUGCAAGUCACAUUAGUGCAGAACUAGAGCCACCGGGAAGAGAGAAAACGGUUACUACGGUACGGCAAACCAGGAGGCAGAAAAUGCAGCUGCAGCAAAGGAAAUCUCAGGCCCCUAGUGGCACGGCAGACGAGGGAAGCAUCAAUUGGCCAAGGACCACUCUUAUCCUGGAGCUGCUACAGCAUAAGAAAAAGCUCAGAGAGCCACAUCUCUUGGUGCCCACACUAUUUUACCUUCUUUCCAGGUGCCUGGAACCUACAGCUCCCGAGCAGGAGAAUUCGGAGUACACCAAGCAGCUUAUCUUGAGUUGUCUGCUGGGCAUCUGUCAGAAGGUUUCACAAGAUGAGGAGAACAUCCCAAAAGAAGUCCUGGAUGAGGAAAAGUUUAAUGUUGAGCUGAUUGUGCAGUGUGUGAGAACCUCAGAGAUGCCACAGACGCACCACCAUGCUCUGCUUCUUCUCGGCACCGCUGCUGGGAUCUUCCCGGAAAAGGUCCUGCACAACAUUAUGCCUAUAUUCACUUUCAUGGGAGCAAGCGUUAUGCGGCUCGAUGACACCUACAGCUUCCAGGUGAUCAGUAAGACGGUGCAGACUGUGAUCCCCGCGCUCAUACAGGCAGGCGAGGAGGCCUCAGAGGAGGAGAAGGAAGAUAUGGAGAAGGUGGUUGGAAACAUAAUCCAUGUGUUUGUGGAUGCACUUCCCCAUGUUCCAGAGCACCGUCGUCUCCCCAUUUUGUCCCAGCUCAUCGACACGAUUGGGGCGAAGAGGUUCCUAUGGAUGCUGCUGGUUCUGGUUUUCCAACAACACGUCACUAAAACCGUCACCAGUGCAAGCAACGGAGAAAAGGAUGCCGUUCUGGAGAGGGACACCGAAUUCUGGAUAUCUGUGUGCUGCGAAUUCAGUGCCUAUGAUCAGCUCGACAGUUUAAUCAAGUUGCUGCAGUUUCUUUCAAAGCUUCCAGAAAAUAAAGAUGAAGGGGGUCACGAGAGUAGGCCAAGUAGAGCACAGAAGCAGAAACCUCAAAAUGCCGUAGAUGGUCUCUUUAGUCUGGAGUCUAACUCAGCCAAGCAGUUGCGCCAUUUUAAGUUCCUCUCUGUAUCCUUUAUGGCGCAACUUUUGGCAUCGCACAGUUUUGUUGCCAAGGUUGUUAAAUGUGAAGCAGCCAGAGACCUGGAGAAAUUGGAACAGAGGUUAUUGGAAGAGGUCCUUUGCUAUAUCAAUUUAGUAGCCCGUUCCGUGGAAGGCAAUGCCGACAAACCCACAGCAAAGUUCUGGCGAGCUCUUCUCAACAAGUCUUACGAGAUGUUGGAUAAGGUCAAUGCUCUGCUGCCAACAGAAACCUUUAUCCCAGUAAUACGAGGGCUGAUGUCCAACCAGUUGCCAUCCGUGAGACGUAAGGCUAUGGAUCUUUUGAAUAACAAGUUGCAGCACCGCUCACAGUGGCAAGAAGAUCAGAUUGAGCUGCUGUUAGGACUGAUCAAGGACCUCCUGUGCAUUGUGAAUCGCAAGCCAAGUGUAGAGGAGGAGGAACAAGCCAUCAACCGGCAGACUGCCCUGUACAGCAUGAAAUUGCUUUGCAAAUGCUUCGGGUCCCAGAGACCAGAUGUGUUUGUACCUGUGCUGAACAUGGCUGUGAACCUCAUCUCUGCGGAUAUCCCCGAGGAAAAGAACGUGAUGGGUAGUGCACUCCUGUGCAUCGCAGAAAUCACCAGCACGGUCAAGGCCUUGGCCAUACCACAGCUACCUAGACUGAUGCCAGCUCUGUUAUCCACACUGAAGCACAAGAAGGAGUUGCUCUCUAGCGAGAUCCACUUACUGAGCACCGUGACUGCUCUGCAGAAAGUGGUGGAAACUCUUCCCCAUUUCCUCAGCCCCUACCUACAGGAGUGCGUGCUGCAGGUGGCUCGGCUUGACAAGAUUUCCAGUAAAGUGGGUCCUACAUCUCAGCUCGCUAUAAGAGUGACAGCGCUCAAGACCACUCUGGCAACCAAGCUGGCAGCCAGAGUCGUUCUUCCAACUAUUACCAAGUGUUACUGUCAGUUGGCUGACACUCAGCAGAAGUACCUUGGCUCGCUCAUGGAUAUUCUCCAGGAACACAUUGCGAUAAUGGACAAGCAACAGCUCUCGUCUCACCAGUCUGAGCUCACCACGUUCUUUAUGAAGGCGCUGGAUUAUCGUGCUGAGCAUCCUGAGAAUGAUCUGGAACAAGUGGGCAACACAGAGGGUCAUAUCCUUAAUUGUCUAAUCAUCAUGGUCAUGAAGCUCUCUGAAGUGACCUUUAGACCGCUCUUCUUCAAGCUGUUUGACUGGGCCAAGACUGAAGGUUCUUCGAAGGACAGAGUCCUCACCUUCUGUCGUUUGGCUGACUGCAUCGCCGACAAGCUAAAGGGACUGUUUACUUUGUUUGCCGGUAACCUGGUGAAGCCCUUCGCAGAAAUUCUGAAUCAGAUCAACACAAGUAAAACUGAUGACGCAUACUUUGACUCUGAUAACAAUGUUGAGAAAAGCUGCUUGAUACUGGAGUUUGUCCUGAGCUGUCUGCACAAAAUAUUUCUGUAUGAUACUCAACAUUUUGUGAGCAAGGAGAGGGCAGAAGCUUUGAUGAUGCCACUGGUUGAUCAGCUUGAAAACUUGAUGGGUGGUGAUGAAAAAUUCCAGAUGAGGGUGAGCAGUUGUCUGGUCCCUUGUAUAGCUCAGUUCUCUGUAGCGAUGGCAGAUGACUCGCUGUGGAAACCUCUCAACUAUCAGAUUCUCCUGAAGAUGCGCCAUUCUUUUCCCAAGGUUCGGUUUGCUGCAUUGCUGGCGUUGACUGAUCUGGUUGAAAAGCUCAGAGAGAAUUAUAUGGUGUUGCUCCCAGAAUCCAUUCCUUUCCUGGCAGAACUGAUGGAAGAUGAAAAUGAAGAGGUGGAACAUCAAUGCCAGAAGACCAUCAAACAGAUGGAAACCAUAUUGGGAGAGUCACUACAGAGCUAUUUCUAAGAGAAGAGCAAUAUUAAGAACUUACAACAGUGCAGACCUAAAGGCUCCAUAUGAUAAAGUGAUGUUCAUAAAAGGAAGAUGGUACUUCCCAGUAUGGAUCAUACCAUCUACUAAACAUGGAUAUUCUGUUUUUGUACUGUAAACACCAAUGGAUUUUAGUCUUAAAAAAAAAAAUGAACUUGUGUAAAGUGCAAUAUUAAAUAAAUAUUGUACAUCCAUC